GCUGCGGCCGCCGCUGCCGGCGAGCGCGAUGGCGGCGGAGGCCGGAGCUGAGGCGGGGUUCGGCCGCCCCGCGCCGCCGCCGGAGUCGGGCUGGGAGCGGCUCCGGGAGCUCUGGCGGCGAGACGAGCGGCAGCGGUACCCGGAGGAGACGAUCAAUAUCAUCAAGGCGUCCUUCGUGGCGGGGCUGGCGGGCUGGGUGUACGGCGGGCUGCCCGCCUUCCGCCACGGCCGCAAGGCCUUCAUCGAGAGGAGCCACGGCGAGCUCUUCCAGAACCGCGCCGACGCGGUGCAAGCCGCGCAUCGUGCUGGCCUCAGGAGCUUCAUCCGCUACGGCUGGCGCUGGAGCUGGCGAGUGGCCGCGUUUGUGACAAUAUUCAACUCGGUGAGCACCGGUCUAUCUGUGUACCGCAAUAAAACCACCAUCAGUAAUUUUGCUUCAGCAGGAGCCUUCACAGGAGCCCUUUUCAGAAUGCACUUGGGCCUGCAGGGACUGGCAGGAGGCUUCAUGUUUGGAGCAGCGUUUGGGAUCCCUGCAGGGGGCCUCUUAAUAGUAAUGCAGAAGUUUGCUGGCGAGACCUGGGAUGAGAGGAGAAACCGUGAGCGCAGGGAGCUGUAUGAACAGAAGUUGGCAGAGUGGCAAUCCAGGCUCAGCGUGACUGAAGUCUUAGGCCAAAUGGAAAGUAACACUCAGGGAGGACCAGAGAUGGAAAGAGCAAGAGGUCUCUAGGAACUACUGAGUCUUCUCCAGAUCUCUGUUGUAAGCAGCUACAAAGCAUUUUGAUUCUGCUCAUAGAAGUCUUCAGUCAAGGGGUUGUGGAGGUCUUCUAUGAAUGCAGUUGUACCUGGUGCAUUUGGGAAAAAGCAUUUUGCUGAAAACAUGGUUUACGGAUGUAUAUCACUGCACAACAGCAUGGAAGGGCCAAGAGGGUGGAAAUGUAGACUCUGCUGACAAGAAAACAUCAUGUAGGUUUGGCAGGGGAAGAGGGCGGCCCCAGAACCUCGUCUAGAACCCAUUUCACUGCUGAAAAUGUCCAGACCACCAGUGAGGUAGAAAUAUUCAAGGUAGAGAACCUGUGAAUAGUUUGGUUGCUAAAGGUACCCUGAUUCCAAAAGUUAAUGAUGCUCUGGUGCAAGCUGCUCUUCGGACAGCACCUGAGGCACUUGCUGUCAGAGCACAGCACAGGCAGCACUAGAGCAAGUGCUCCUCAUCCUCUUGUCAUCCCUGUCCCACAGCUUGGCUGGGCCUGGUUUCAGCAGCAGCAAAUGCUGUCCUGCUGAUGGUGAUUUCUUCAGGCUUUUUGCAGAAAAGCACCUGUGGUUCCUACAGUACCUGGGGUAUUUUGCAGUCAGUGUUGAGGAGGGGUGGAAGAGCUGGGAAUGAUAAGAGAAAUACCCUGAAAAAGGCCUGGUUUGGGUUCCUCAAUAGUAGUGUGGCUGAGGGGGCCACAGGAAGAAAGACUUGUUUCUGGUGGUGAUGGUGGAAUAGCUGGCACUGUGGAAAAUAUAACCAACAAUAAAAAAGCCUCUGAUUUCAUUUGAAGGUUGGGAAUUAGGGGAUUACCUUUGGGGGAAAUGUGGUUCAAGACACUUAAUAAAGCCAUCUAGCAGUGGUGA